AUGCAAAUGAUAGAUGCAUCGACGAAACCGCCUGAUAUUCGACAUAGUUCGUCCAGCGAUCAGAAUGUGCUCAAUGAUGAUCUACCGCCAUUGGACGUGCUUCGUGAAAUGAUCAAAUAUGAGACAUUUUUACGUUUAUCAGAACCUAUUCAGAAUCUUUUUGAUUUCUAUCGAAAAGAUGACAGUGCUAUAACAAUGGUGCUCGAUUCAGUGCAACAGCAUGUCGUUGAACGUUUUGGUUAUAAGCAUGUCAAUUCUUUACGAACAGCUGUUUCACGUUUUCCUGAUGAUCCAGUGAUCAAAGAAGCUUUCUAUAUUAAACAUAACAAAAUUACACAAGGUCUUGUCUAUCAAGGACAAGUUGCUCGAGAUGUCGACUUAUUCACUGUGGACGGGCAGCCAACAACACUCUUCUCUCAAAUCACUUCUGGCCAGCCAUUGAUUAUUCUGGCUGCGAAUAAAUAA